AUGGUGCGCGAGCUGGUGCUGCAGCGUCUGGCGCGGGUGCUGUGCAUCAAUUUCGACACUGACGCUACAAAGACGGAUAGCGCAGUGGUGACUGGCAGCGGGGUUCAAGUGAAUCCGAGGACUGGUUCAAGAUUGAAAGCGGAAGUGAACUGCGAUGGUGCACCGCCGUCUUCUCCUCGCUUCUCUCGCCACAACCACAACCACGUCAAUUGUGGGAAUCUGGGGCCAGCUCCCGUACCGAUUCCCGGAGGGGAAGUGGUAUCUAUGGGGUGUAUUGGCGCUUGUCCCAGAUGUGUCUGCUGUGGUUGCACCAUACGAGAAGCAGCAACACGACACGAACAGCGCGUCGCGGCUAGUGAAAGGCUUGAGCGAGCUAAUCUCGAGUGGAAACAGGUGGCCGUUGUUGCAGACCGCGCCCUACUUGCUGUGUUCGUUUUGGUAACUACCCUCGCUACAGGUGCAAUACUUCUUCCGCAACUGAAGAAUUUGCACGUGGGAAACACGCCGUUAAAACACCCGAUUUAA